CUGCGCACAUCGCCUGACAUAAUAUCUAGAUGGUAACUGUAGAGUCGUCGAAAUUAUGGUUGCAUGGAGACGAGGUGAAAUUCUGGACAUGUUUAUGCGACGAGCCUUUUGAAGGCAAUCCUGUCAUGAUGUUCAGGUGUUAACGGUUUUACUCUGCUGAGCGUGCCAACCUACAAGAUGUGACCGUUAUGAGUAGGCUGCUUAAUUAUCAGGCACACGUUUUUUCGGCUAGAUUUCUGACCACAAUCCUAUUUUGAGCAAGACCUUAAAGGGCGACAGUGUUCUGCAAGUGAGUGGAUUAUCUACUGUAAGGACCAUAUGUUAAAUAUCACUCUACAUCAGUAAAGGCUAGUGAAUUAUUUUCGCUGGAAGCGUCAUUAUCAGCAUCGUUUGCUAUCGUUACUUUUGCAAACGCUAACGGUUUGUCAAACUGUUUCGGGGACGCACUGUACUGAAACCUCUCAUUUAUGUAUAGCCUACUCGUGUUAAACGUCAUGAGUGGAGACAGUGCGACAGUUUUUGCAUUUUGAGAAACUCGCAGUAACAAAGUCACUGAGCAUCGAGUUGAAAUAUUACCACCAUGGAGGAAGGCAGCACAAAUGAAUCAGUCCCCGAUUUAAAGGACUUGGAGGUUAAAAUUGGAAGGAAAACUCCGGAGGGAUUGCUGCGGUGGAUGAGAGAGGAAGGAUCCUCUCAUCGCGGAGAACUUACGUUACAUACGAAUGAAAGCCAGGACCCGGAGAGAAAGAGUCUGGAUGAAAAGAUAAGAAAACUUAGACAUGAAAUGGCUCACCUGCGGGCGGUGGACGUGCGGAUCCUGCAGCAGUUGUUGGCUCUGCACGAGGGUAUUGAGACGGUGAAAUGGCUCCUCGAGGAGCGUGGUGCUCUGACCAGCCGCUGUAGCAGCCUGACCAGCAGUCAGUACAGCCUGGGGGAGGGUCCCGACACCUCGUGGAGAGGAAGCUGGAGCAGUCUGCAGGACCCUCAUGACAAACUGGACAACAUUUCCAUUGGGAGCUAUCUGGACACCUUGGCUGAUGAUCUGGAUGAGUAUUGUCCAAGCAGCGGUGGGGAGUCCUUACUGUGCUCCACACCUCUGGGUACUGACAACACCAUCCAGACUGGUACAGGGGGAGGAGGUGCUGGAUCAGGAACAGGCUCCCCACACAGGAAGCCCGAAGGCCCCAAAGACGAGGCCCCGGUAUGGGCCGCACAGUCAGAGGUGGUGAGACCUUCUACUACUGCCACUCAGAACUCUGGCCAAGUGCAGCCUAACAAGAACAGACUCCUGGACAAAGCGCUCAGACAGGCAGGCAACUUGGACUCAGCCCGGGCCUGUCUGUCUGAGAAACUGGGCAAACCCUGUAAAAAGGUGGAGCUUGACAGCUGCAAGCUGAAUGGGAAGACACACCUGGAGUAUGAUGCACACUGGCGUUGGGUACAGUCUCAGGAUGACGUGACCUUUUUGUAAGGUGUUCAGACUAGUGAAGCUCUAAAGAACUGAUUAGACCUAAAUUUGGCUCUUUAGUUUACAGCAGCAUAGACUAGAAACUGAGGAGAUAGAUUCUGAACAUUAAAUAACACAUUAACACAUUAGUUCUUACAGGGCACUUUAAGCAGACCUGACCCUCUCAUAAAAGCAUGAUUUGGUCUGAACUGUCAAGAGCAAAGAAUAAUACAUGUUUAGGCUGGUUGUUUAAAAUCAGUCAGGUUUUCAGGUGUGUAAAGAUACAUCUAUUUUAGUAGACUCAGUCAUAAGAUUAUUCAACAACAGAACUUAAGAAUAUAGCCUACUUUGUAACUGUGCAAAUUUAAGUUGUUGAAAAACUAAUGAACACCUAUAUUCUUCAUUGCAUUCCUUCAAAAUAAAAGCCUCUGAACUAA